AUGGCAUGUUUAAUCUCAAUCUCCAUCUACCUCUCACGCUAUAUCCAUCUCAACCCUCCAAGUGCAUCUAACUCACCCUCACUCUAUCCAUGCCCAUCCAGUCUCUCAGUCAUCUCCAUCUCUAUCCAUGUCCAUCUAGUUCCAACUCCCUCCCUGUCACUCUCAACUCACUCUCAUCUCUAUCCAUUUCCAUGUCACUCUUACCCUCACUCUCAUCUCUCACCAUCCAUGCAGGAUAGAGUCGACUCUACCCGUAUCGAUAUCCAUCCAGUCUCUCACUCUCACUCAUCUCCAUGUGUACUCACUCUAUCAAUGUCCAAUCACUCCACUCACUCUCACUGUCUCCAAAGUGUACCCUAUCCAUGUCUCCCCUCAUGUGUACUCUCAAUCUCACUCAUCUCCAUGUGUACUCACUCUAUCCAUCCAAUCUCUCCAUGCGCUACUUGCUCCAUGCCAAUCUCAAUCUCUCUCGCUCUCUCAAUCUCUCACUGUCUCCAUGUCUACUCUCACUCUCAUCUCUAUCAAUCUCCAUGUCCUUACUCUAAACCUCAAAAUCUGUCGUAUCUAAACCAUGACCCUCUACAUUUCCAUCUCUCAUUCUCACUUUCAAUCUAUCCAUGUCUAUCUCUACUCUCACUAUCCAUUCUCUCUGUCUAUCCAUUCCCAGUAUUUAUCCCGGUCACUCACGGUAUCCAUCCAAUCCAUGCCACACCCCACUACCUCUCAAUCUCUCACUCUUCUUCCCUGUUACUCUCUCCAUGUCUCUCACCCUCAUUCAUCUACAUAUCUACUCUCACUCUAUCAAUGCCCAUCCAGUCUCUUACUCUAUUCAUUCUCGCUCACUCUAUCCAAUCCGCUCUCUCUGUUACCAUCAAACUCACUCACUCUCCAAACCCAAGUACAUCCUCUCUGCCACUCUAUCCAUGUCCAUACAGUCUCUCACUCAUCUCCAUGUAUACUCUCACUCUCAUCUCUCCAACUCACUCACCAUCCAUCCAUCCAGUCUCUCUCUCGUACUGUGUCACUCCAUGUCCCUGUUAUUCUCAAUCUCACUCAUCUCCAUGUCCAUCCAGUCUCUCCGUGCCAAUCUCAUCUCUAUCCAUGCCAAUCACUCUCUCACUCUAUCCAUGUCAGUCGAUGUCCACUCUCACUCACACUCUAUCCAUACCAAUCUCACACUCUCUAACUCUCACACUGUCUCCAUGUCUACUCUCACUCUCAUCUGUAUCCAAUCCACUCUCUCCAUGCCAAUGUCAAUCUCACUCACUCGACUCUAUCCAUGACCAUCCAGUUUCUCUCCAUGCCAAUCACUCUCUCACUCUCUCCAUAUCGCUCCUUGUCCCUGUUGUUCUCAAUCUCAAUCUCACACUCUGCUCUCAUCCCACCUACUCUCACUCCCUCUCUCCAUGUCCAUGUCCAAUCACUCUCUCACUCUCUCCAUCUCUCACUCUCUAUCACUCUAUUCAUGUCCACCCACUCUCUCCAUGCCAAUCUCAUCUCUACCCAUGUCCAUGUCUGCUCUCUCCAUUCUCUGUCACUCUCACAUUAUCCAUCCAAUCCAUGUCAUGUCUACUCAUACUCACUCACGCUCUAUCCAUACCAACCUCGCUCUCGAUCAAACACUCUCUCUUUGUCUCCAUGCCAAUCUCAAUUCAAAAUCUGUCUGUUGAAGCCCACAACACCUCAAAAUCUGUCGAAGUAAUCAACAACUCAAAAUCUGUUGAAGUCACUCGGCUGUCGCCCGGAAGUGGUAAAAAUAUGAGCACUGGAUCCAAAAUUUCGGAAAAUCACGAAACUAGCUAA